AUGAAAAAGGAAGUUCAAAUGGAAAAAAAGGAGAGUUCAAACGAACCUCAUUCAAUGAAGGACGAAUCUCAUGCAAGGAAAACGAAACCCAAGGCGAAUAUUCACAAGUCCACUGAGCACCUUGCAGAGCAAAAACGUCAAAGAAAUCGGAGAUAUCAGAGAAAUCACAAUGAAAUGAAGCAAUUUUGGCAAUCCCAAAAUUCCAACUAUGUUCACAGAGAAAAAUCUUCCAAUCAGAAUGUAAAAGCUCGUUCGCAUGCAAAUCAUGUUCAAUGUUCGCACUAUCAUUCCUGCAAUCCACAGAAACCAACAAGGAACUUUGCUCCAAAACCUUCCUUUUCAAAGAAGCCUGUUGAGAAACCAAUAUCUCAUCAUUCUCAACCCACGAAAGCUUCACCCAAAGAUGUCAAGGGAAAGGGAAAGUUAGUCUCGGAUUCUGAAGCUCAAACAAAGAAGUCGACUACUAACCCUAAGAAAGUUGAGAAAGAAUUCGUCAAGAAUCAAAUAAAAAACAAACGAAAACAAUUUGAUUCAAAAGAGACGAAAAUGAAAGAUAAUAAAAAAUAUGAAGCUACUCCUAAACUCAAGAAUUUUAUAAAGCAAAUAGAGCUUCAACUGCGAAAGUUGGUUCGCAAUGUUCGCAACGACAAUGGGCUAGAAUUCAAAAACCAAGAGUUUGAAGAAUUUCUUACUCAAAAGGCAGUCUCACACAACUUUUCUGCUCCCUACACUCCACAACAGAACGAUGUAGUUGAAAGGUGUUUCAAUUUCCAUUCCAAGGAACAACGAAACAAUUUUGAUGCGAAAGCUGACGAGGGUAUAUUCUAG